AUGUGCCAGGCAUCGUUUGAGUUAUUCAUUGGUUUCCUGCACGAUAACAAGUACAUGCUACUGCUAUCCAUGGUCAAUCAGUACGUGUCUAUAAGUGUGUUUGCGGGGAAGCCAAUCGCUGACCAGGCUGCGCUUGCAUCUCGAUCAGCUAUGACAGGGGAG